AUGGGCGACCUCGCCGACUACCUCACGUCAAACGACCCCUCCUUCCGAAAAGCCCGUCUUCCAGCCCUCUACUCCGACUUUCGCCCCCAGCGCACCCUCAACCCGGACGGCUACACCGCCAACCUCUCGGCCUGGCGCGCCGCCCUCGCCCGCCUCGCCUGGGACGCCCAGCUCCCCGACCCCGCCACCUCCACCACCCCGCCGCGUCUCCUCCUGACCGUCGACGACGCGCUCCCCGCCCACCUGCAGAGCCGCCAAUUCGGCCGCCCGCUGGCCCUCGGCACCGUGGUCCGCGAGACCUCGACGGCGGCGACCUCGUCCCCGUGCCCGACUUUCUCGCGCGAAAAGAGAGCAUCUACGCCAAGACGGCCGGCUGGGGCGCCGUGCCCUGGAGCGUCGCCUCCUGGGCCGCACGCCAGGCUGGGGUUCGGCAACGGCGGCGGCGGCACGUCGGCGGCCGAGGACAAGAUGCCCAAGGGCACGACCUCCAGCACCAGACGACGCUGCUGGCGGCGCGGGGUCGACACGCUUGGCGGCGACGCCAAGGGCCGCCGUCGGCAAGAAGGAACAACCGCCGCCGCCAUGCGGCUGCUGCGCGAGAAGAAGACGGCCGAGGCGACGCUGGGCAAGCGCGGCGCGGCGCUGCUGCAGAUGGAGGAGAUUGCCGCGAGGAUACAGCAGGCGCGGGACCAGGUCCAAUUCGUCAAGGUCAUGGAGGGCAGCGCCGGCGUGCUGAAGCAGCUGAAUGCCGAGGUCGGCGGCGUCGAACGCGUCGAGGGUGUCGUCGACGCGCUGCGGGAGCAGAUGGCCGACACGGACGAAGUCGGCAGGAUACUCGCGAGCGCUGGCGAGGUCGAGGCCAUCGACGACGGCGAGAUUGACGAUGAGCUCCGUGCGCUGGAGAAGGCUGAGGAGGACAGGAUCGCAGCUGAGAAGCAGGCCGAGAAGGACGCCCACCAGGCCAAGGAGGCCGAAGCCACGAGGAAGCGCCUCGAGGAGGCCGGCUCUGUGCCGGAGACGGAGGCGGAGAGCGAGGCAGCGGCUAGGACGGCUGAGCAACUCGAGCCUAGAGUCGUCACAUUUUAG